UAGUACUUCGAAUUUGUGUAGCCAUGUUAUCAAUAUUUACAAAAUUAAUAUCUCAAGCAUUAUUGAUCCUGAAGAGUUAGCUGCUUUAUUUCCUCAGUCUGGUAAACAUCUUCUUAGAGAAACAUUGGUUAAGUGA